AUGUCCGAAUCAAACACAGAAAACGUAGAUAAAAACAAUAAAGAGAAUUUAGAAAAUCUAAAACCAACACUUCAAUAUACAAUAUUUUCUGAAUACGACAACGAAGAGUUACUAUACCCAAAUGAAAAGUUAGGAAUACUGAAGAGAAAGUUAGAAAUUGUGAGAUCAAGGGUAGAUAAUACAUUUAAAAAAAACACCUCCCCUUUAAGGCGACCCAUGGACAAUGCACCUCUGCACGAAGUAUACAAAAAUGUUAUUAAUAAAGACUCGUUCACCACUUUAGCCUCGAUUUUAGCUAAUGAAAACAACGUUUGUAGUAAAACAUCAACUGAAAAUGAGGAAAUUAAGUCGACAGAAAGCAAUAUAAAAUCUGUUUGCAACGAUAACGCAAACAUGCAAGAGUUCAAUAAACCAUUAAAUAUUGAGAAAACUAAUCAAAUAAACUCCCAAGCAAUUAAUGAAAACGCUGAAUCUUUGAACGUUACAAAUUAUGAUAUAAAGAAAAAUAUAAACAUUACUUCUAAUAAAAAUAAACAAUCGCCGAAGAAGAACAUUAAAAAACGUAAAAAAGUUGUAUCUAUCGAUAUAAAACAAAAUAAUAAAAAUGUAUAG